UUCACGCGCGCACACACACACACACAAUCCCCAUUUGAAUUUGAUUUCUCUCAUAUUAAUACCUGCCUCCAAACCCCAUCUCUCUCCCAUCUCUCCAUCGUAGCAAAAAGAUCUGUCUUUGAAUUCCAUUUGUUUCUGUCUCUGUCCAAUAAUAUAAAAACCUUUGUAUUUGCUUUGAGGAAAAGUGAAAGAGUUUUAUCAUGGCUGAGGAAACCAAGAACACCACAACUCCUGAAUCCCAAGUGGCUGUGCCAUCUGAUGUUCCUGUCCUUGACAACCCUGUAACCACCCUCCCAGAUAAGGAGGCCCCUCCACAGCCGGAGAAGGUUGAGGAACCUGCACCCGAGGAAGUGGUGCAAGGACAGAAGGAGAAAGAUGAAGCACCUCAAGACAACAAGAUUGCUGAAUCUGCUUCAUUCAAGGAGGAGAGCAACAAGGUUGAUGAUCUCAUCGACCCAGAAAAGAAAGCCUUGGAUGAGUUCAAACUGUUGAUUCGUGAGGCGCUUAACAAGCAUGAAUUCACCGCUCCACCGCCCGCACCCUCUAAGGACGAGGAGAAAAAGGAGGAAGACCCAAAACCUCAAGACAAAAAGGAAGGUGAAGAACCAAAACCUGAGGAGAAGAAGGACGAGGAAGAACUAAAACCUGAAGAUAAGAAAGAAGAAGAGACAACGACCGAAGCCAAAACAGAAGCACCUGCUGAAGAGAAGAAAGAAAAUGAGCCAUCAGAAACAGUGGUGGUUGAGAAGGUUGAAGAAAAAGUUGAAACGGUGGAAGAAGAAAUCAAAGAAACUAUAGUUCAUGAAGUUGCCGCCCCUGCUCCACCACCAUGUGAGGAGCCGGCCGCCGCUACGGCUGAGGAGGAGAAGCCCAAGGAGGCAGAGGAAGAAACAGCUACACCACUAGCACCGGAGGAGGUUUCCAUCUGGGGUGUCCCACUUCUUGCUGACGAGAGGAGUGACGUGAUUCUCCUCAAGUUCUUGAGGGCCAGGGAUUUUAAAGUAAAGGAAGCUUUUGCCAUGCUGAAAAGUGUGGUGGCAUGGAGAAAAGAGUUCAAGAUUGAUGAGUUGUUGGAAGAGGAAGGAAUCGGUGAGGGUCUUGAAAAGGUCGUGUAUAUUCAUGGAGUGGACAAAGAGGGGCACCCUGUUUGCUACAAUGCUUUUGGUGAGUUUCAGGAUAAGGAGUUGUAUAGCAACACCUUUUCUGAUGCUGAGAAGAGAGCCAAGUUUUUGAGGUGGUAUAUUCAGUUCCUGGAGAAGAAUAUCAGGAAACUUGACUUUAGUCCUGACGGCACCUGCACUAUUGUUCAAGUCACCGAUCUCAAGAAUUCCCCUGGACUUAUCUUGUUCAAGAAAGAACUUCGCCAAGCUACCAACCAGGCUCUUCAGUUGCUCCAGGACAACUACCCCGAAUUUGUUGCCAAACAGGUGUUCAUCAAUGUUCCAUGGUGGUAUGUGGCUUACAAUAGGAUGAUCAGUCCAUUCUUGACACAAAGGACCAAGAGCAAAUUUGUGUUUGCCGGCCCUACCAGGACUGCUGAGACCCUCUUCAAAUACAUAGCACCUGAGCAAGUACCAGUUCAAUACGGUGGGCUUAGCAAGGAGGGCGAACACGAAUUCACCACUGCUGAUGCUGCAACAGAGGAAACUAUUAAGCCCGCAAGCAAACACACAAUUGUAUUGCCGAUCGCAGAGGCUGGCACAUUGAUUUGGGAGGUGAGGGUGGCAGGCUGGGAUGUUUCCUAUGGAGCUGAAUUCGUACCAAGUAACGAAGAAGGUUACACUUGGAUUGUACAGAAGUCGAGGAAGAUGGGAGCAGGGGAUGAACAAGUUGUAAGCUGCACCUUCAAGAUUGGUGAAGCAGGCAAGGUUGUGCUCACAUUUGACAACCAAACAUCAAAGAAGAAGAAGCUUCUCUACAGGUCCAAGACCAAGCCCUCUGAAUGAGAUUCCUCAACAGUAUAUGAAGGCUUCCUCCAUUUGUUCAUUCACAUAUUCUUUUUGUCUGAUUGAUAUUUAAAACUUAGUUCUGAAAUGUUAAAGGUGGGAGUUUUCUACAUUUGUUGGUUGUUGUUGUUGUUUUGUUUUUCACAUCUUUUUGAAGUUGGAUUAUUUAAGUGAGUGGAGAAAUGAUUUGGGUGGGUUGUGCAAGGACGAGAAGAAAUGAUAGAGAGCGAGCAUAGGGGGGGGAGAGGAAGACAAUUUGUGAAAUAUGGAUAGAAACAAACAUAUUUGUGUUUAGUUGCUGAUGUUUUGGCACUGUAAAUUUGAGGAGUUUUGUCAUUGCUUAUGUUGGGUUUCAUGGAUGGUGAUGUUUAUUGGAUUCUUCAGACCUGGAAAUAUUUUAGCUGAGCUUCAUUGA